AUGCUAUUCAUGUUGAAUGUCAUCAUGUACGCAGGGCAACUUCGCAGGAUGAAUAACGUCUCCACACUGGAGGAGCAGCGCAAAUUGAUCCAAAUGCUACUCAAAAACGAGCAAGAGAGCGAGGCAAAAUACACCCACCUCACAAGGUCCAUUCAGAUGAUUUAUAUCAAUGAUGACGCCGGCCCGAUCCGUGCCACUGCAUCUACGACAACAUUUACAGUAAUGGGAACAGCGGCAGCUCGCCCAAACCCAAUACUUCCAGCUUCACUAGACAGGCUAUCUCCAUCUAUAAAAGCCGAUGUUAUGCCAGAAUUCAGUGCAUAUGAGCAUAUUAUCCAGAAAUUUCUCACCAAGAUCGACAUGUGCCAGUCAACGCUAGAAGAGGCUCGAAGGCAGAGGAUACGAAAUGGGAUCAUGAAACUGCACGCUACCGAAGUUGCAGUGUACUAG